UAUUAAUGAGAUCCCCCCUCAGUCUCCUACAGACUAAACAGCCUCAGUUCCUGCAGCCUUUCCUCGUAAGGAAGAUGCUCCAGUCCCCUGAUCAUCUUGGUGGCCCUGCGCUAGACUCUCCAGCAGUUCCCUGUCCCUCUUGAUCUGGGGAGCCCAGAACUGGACACAGGAUGAGGCCUCACCAGGGCAGAGUAGAGGUUAUUCAGAAGUAUUUCUCAUGUCAGCAGAAGGCUCAACCGUCACAGUUCGUCUCGUUCGAUCUUUCGAACACCGGAAUUUCAGACCCGUGGUGUAUCAUGGAGUUAACUUGGAUCAGACAGUGAAGCAGUUUGCUACUUUUGUGAGGAAGGAUGUGUCUUCAAGAACAGGACUUCCUCCUCCUUUUAAAAAUUACAAGUAUGAUACAAUGAAGAUUAUUCACCAAGCGCACAAAUCUAAGACUGGUGAACUUGUAGUGAGUUUGGAAGAUGAUGACAAACUGAUUUUGAAAGAAGACAGCACGCUGGAAGCAGCGGGAGUAGCAAAUGAGACGGAAUUAGCAUUCUUCUGUGAGGAAGAUUACAGAAACUACAAAGCUAAUCCUGUUUCGGCCUGGUGAAGAUCCCAAGAGAUUGUUUUGUUUUCCCAUACCUGUUGUAAAUUUUCCUUAUUCUGCUUAAUGAGAUUUUUCUUAAAGAUCAAUAAAUCCUAGAGGAUUGCUUUUGCAAACAGUGCAAUUCCCUUCCUAUAGAAAUUAAUUUCUGUCAAGAUGCUGAGACCGAGAGAAGGAAAACUGGGGGACAGAAGUGACUUUUUUCUGUCUUGCAUUUCUUUUGCCUUUGCUUGCCUCUCACGUUGCAGGCAGUGCAAUCCCUGACCUGUGUACACACGUUCUUGGUGUGAUCCUACAGCAAACAUUGCCUACAUAUGGAGAUUACACAAUGCACAGUAAGAUCCCGUCACAGUGCCAACUUCUAAUGAAAAUGGAAAGGUUUUGUGGGCAAAUCGCUGGAUGUUUUAGAGAGCUUGAGAAGAUAAUCUGUUUCAAGUCAUAGCUUUACUUCUCAAAUUUUAUGUUUGGUCUCUUUUGUUUAAAUGGUGCAGACUGGCAAGUGUUUCAUGCACCUCACUGGUGAAUGCUUUCCUUUGUACUCUCUUCAAGCCCUCUUUAGCAUGCUGAAAGGGACAGAAGACUGGGGAGGCUUUUGUGUUUAAGGACCAGCUCGCCUGUUUCUAGCUUUGCUUCAUGGAGAUACUUUCAUAUAAGAGGUAGCAAAGGAGUGCUGCCAGGACAUCAAUGUGCAUAAGUAGGAACUGGGCAUUUUUCCAAAUGGAGUUUUAAGGAUAAAAUCUGAAUGAUUCUAUGAUUUUUGUGAGGAGAGGGCACAUCUUCAAGACUGGAACGGAUUGUUUCCUGCUUUCUAAGAGACAAAUAGUCUGUUGCUAUAUGUUAGGGUUUUUUUGGUAAUUCCAGGCUUUCCUACUACAUUAACCAAAUCAAGAAUAAGAGAAAAUAAUU